AGCCGCAACCCGUGCGGUCAGCGGCGGAACAAUGGGGAAAGGGCAAUGGAAAGACUACAGUCAAGACAGCUGGUCAGUGAAGCAAAGUUGGAAGAAGAGUAGGGACUACAACAAGCACUGGCGGAGAGGUUCGGCAGGAAGCGACAGUUGGAGCUACUCUUCAUGGCAAGAUAGCAACAGUGAGGACAGCGUCUCCAAAUGGUUGACGUAUAUCUUGCGCCACGGGGCAUCGGAGGCCAAUGUCUACAUGGACCAUCAUGGCUAUGUCUCGGUGGACGAACUCAUCGAGCUCCGGGCGAAAAGCUUCAGCAAACCGACCAAUUUGUACGAGAUCCGCCUGGUCGUGGAAAACUGCCCAAAGCAGCGCUUCGAGCUUUGGGAGGACGGUCCGGACAAGAAGCCAUGGAUUCGAGCAACUCAGGGCCACACGAUUUCCAAAGUGCAAGACUCUGUCCAUCAUCCAGUGCGAAGUGCCGAUGAUUUGGGUCAAGAACACGUGAUCCAUGGGACCUUUUUGCCUGCCUGGCUAAAGAUCCGCACUGAAGGACUGAAGACGAUGGGACGGAACCACAUCCACAUGUGCCUUGGGUUGCCAGGAACCGGAGUGAUGAGCGGAAUGCGAGAGGAUUGUGACAUCGCGGUGUUCAUUGACAUCAACCGUGCAAUCCAAGCGGGCAUCAAGUUUGUGCAGUCCAGCAAUGGAGUAAUCCUCACCAAUGGUGAAGCCGAAACUCAGACAGUGCGCCCGGCAUUUUUCUUGAGGGUGCUGUGGUUGGGACCAGAUGGCCAGCAGCUCGUGAUCUUCGACAAGAAUGGGGAUCAGACAGACACCUACCGAAACGAUAGCAAGGAUUUCAACACAGCCCUCCAAAAGGCAGAAUGGGCGGAGCAUGCAGCCAGGGUGAAGCCACACCCAAAGCGCAUGCCAAUGCCAAAGAAGAUGCCUGAUUCUAUCAGGCCAGACAAGGGAGGCAUGCGCCCCCCUGAGCCUGAAGCGCCGCCCAAGAGCAAAGGCGACAAAGGCCUGGCACCGGCUCAAUCCAAGGCAAGCCCUCCUACCCCACCAGAGGGUUCACUCGCACACAUCAGUGAUGCACCAUGGCGGAAAGACGCCCCAGUGGCAGCUCCGCGUCGCCUUGCCGAGGAGGAUUGGGAUUGGGAAGACCACGAAUAUACCGCACGGCGACAUACGGGCUCUCAGCCGAGCAGGGCGGAGAGGUCUACUUCAGCUCCGCGUUCCUUGGAACAGGAUCCAAAGGGGGUGAACAAGGAAGAGUGGGAGAGAUACGUGGGGCAAGGCCAGCCCGUCCAAGCUACAAUUACAAUUGGAUCCUUACCAAGUUGGGCUGUGGAAUCUCAAGCCCCGCAGGAUCAGCUCAUGAUGUGCAAUCAGGCGUGGCAUUGGAGCGAAGGCUCCUCCGUGCCUCGUCAGGACGCUGGGCUCGCUUGGAACAAUGGCUCUUCCUUGAACCAGGAAACUCACCCACUUCAACCUGAUGUACUGCCAAGAAAGCCGCGACCGAGCAGUGCUGAAAGAGAGGAGGCCUACUUGCAAGAAGGCAGUUGGUAUGCGAGCAGCCGUGGUAAUACCGAGCAGCUUCGCUCCCAGGCCUAUGUGCAAGAAGACAAUGGGUAUCUGAACGGCCGUGGCCAUACCGAACAGCUUCAGUCCCAGGACCCUGCGACCGCUUUGAGCAAUGGCUCUCCUGUGAACCAGGAGAUUCAGACACUUCAACCUGGUCCACUGCCAACAAAGCCGGGUCUGAACAGUGCUGAAAGAGCGGAGGCCCAUCCGCAAGAUGGCAGUGGGUACUUGAGCGGCCAUGACAAUACCGAACAGUUUCACCAGCAGGGUGCUGGAUCUUGGGGCGGCAACAUCGGAAACAUCUAUUCUUGGGGCAAUCAGGCUGAAGCGGCUGAGGACUACCCGCAGGAAGGCAACGAGUAUCCAAGCGCCCAUGGCAAGACACAACAGCAUUACCAGGGUCCUGCAUCUCCCUGGAGCAACAGCUGUUCUGCGAAUGAGGCACCUCAGCAGCCAAGAAAAGUUCUACCACCGCCCAGAAAGCACCGCCCAGAAAGCGCUGAAAGAGCGGAGGACCUACAAAGUGGAGGGCAUUCGAACGGCAACGACAUUGUGCAAGGGCAGAGUAGUCAGGAUCUCUCGCAGUCGCUGAUGGUAGCGCUGCAAAAGCGGCUGGGGCUGGACCCAAGCUCGACGACUUCAGCUCCGGUUGCUGCUCCUGGGCCGUCCGCACUGCAGCACGCGCCCAUGGCUUCUGUAGAGAAGGCGUCAGUUGAAUCGCAGCAAGUGCCGGUGAAUGCUGCAAGCCAGCACACUGCAGGGGAGGCGUUGAUUGAAGAGCAGAACAAGCCCGCCAAUGAUGCCAGUGGCAUCCUUCAAGAAAAGGUACGCCCGGUUGAACCGCAGCGAUGGCUGGCGCAUGCUGUAAGCGGACACGCUGCAGGGGAGGCGUUGAUCGAACCGCAGCACAAGCGGGCAAAUAGUGUCAGCGACAUCCCUCAAAAGCAGCAGCCUUAUCCAUUCAACAACGAUAUCGUGAAGUAUGCAGAGUCGAAGAUGUCCUUGAAAGAGGAAACGAGAGACGCUGAGACGAAGAAGGCUGCUGAGAAGGCGAAGGACCCGGUAGAUCCACUUGAAGCGCGCUUCCAGAGAUUAUACGAGGGUGGGGAACUUCAUCAGGAUGAGAAACUUCAUCAGGAUGAGAAACUUCAUCAGGAUGAGAAGCUUCAUCAGGGUGAGAAACUUCAUUUUUUGAAAGGGACACUGAAGCAGAAGCAAAUCCAGGAGGAAAAGAAGCUGCAGAAGCUGGAGGGGCAGAAGGAAAAGCGGGUGACCAAAGUGUCUAGAAGUCCAUCUGUUAUAAUCAGUACCUCAAACGAGUCCAGCUCAGAUGAAAGUGAGUCGAAGCAAAGCAGCAGGCAGCCCAAAGAUGGGUCGGAAAGUGAGACUGGAUCCGUCGUGGAAGUAAAGCAAGGUGAAAAAGCAAAGAGGACACUGCCAGGGAAGAAGAAAAAACUGCCUUUGCCACUUCAGUCUUCUCAAGGUCAAAUUCACGUCUCAAAGCCCUCUUUGCAGGUGCAAAGCAGUGCAACUGCGAAGUCUUCACAGCCAUUGCAGCCAACUUCAGAGGAGAAAGGGCAAUCGAGCGAGACAAAGUCGACACCGGAGCUAGCUUCGAAAGCAAAAGCUCAUGCAGACUCCCCACAAAGAUGUGCAUCUGCUAAGUUUGCGCAGAAGACAUCCAAGCAGCCAACUUCAGAGGAGAAAGGAAAGAGUCACUUGCAGACGAAGUCAGCACCGGAGCCGUCUUCUGAAACAAAUGGCGGGGUUCACUCGCCGCGACGAAGUGUACCUGCUAAGUCACAGCAGCCAUCACAGCAGCUGGCUUCAGAAGAGAAACGGCAGGCUCACUCGCAUGAAAAGAGUGAGACAAAAUUGAGGCCGGAGCCAACUUCUGAAGCAAAAGACAAACCUCACUUGCCGCAAAAAGGUGCGCCUGCGAAGUCUGCACAGCAGCUUAUUUCGGAAGAGAAACGGCAGGUUCACUCGAAUGAAAAGAGCAGUGAGACAAAGUCCUCACACGAGACAACUACAGAAGGGAAGGGCCGUGCUCACUUGCCACAAAGCAAUGCACCACAAGCGCCUGUGAAAAAGCAGGUUGACUCAGUCACUUCUGAGGCGAAAGGUCAGAUUGAGGAGCCGAAGAGACGAUCCAAGUCCAAGAUGAAGAAGGCAAACAAGCCAAGGCAGAUGAGCUCUGAUUCAUCCUCCUCUUCUUCUAGCUCAAGGAGCAAAAGGAGAAGUAAGCGGAAGCCUUCAAGAAAGGCGCAUGGCCGACGGCGGCAAAGAUCUCGCCGACGCAGAAGCCAUAGUCGCCAUAGUCCUUCGAGUUCUUCAAAGAGUUCUUCAAGUCAUUCAAGACGUUCCAGGAGUCGUUCCAGGAGUCGUUCAAAGUCAAGAGGCUCGAGACACCGGGCGAAACGGUCACGUUCCAGAGGUAGAGGGACGCGAAGAAACCCUUCUCCGAGUCCUUCUCCGCUCAAGAGGAGAAAGGUUAACCUUACUCCCAGAGAUCAUUCUCAUUCUCCGAAGCAGAAAGAAGCUUCAGGCAAGAAGAAGAAUCAAGACUCAAAAGACUCAAAAAAAGCCAAAGAUGCAAAAGACUCAAAGGCAUCAAAAGGGGCUCCAGCUCGUUUAAAGGCAAGCAAGGAUCCUCCAAAGCCAAAGUCACAAGGAGAUGCCUCUGGUCACAAAGGCCACACACGGCGAGAUUCUCCAUCCGGCUCCUCUGAGAGGGCUUCUCUAUCCGAGGAAAAGCGUAACGCUGCAAAGGAGAAAGCCCUAGAAGCUAUGGAAAUAAUAAAAAGGAAGAAGAUUGCAGAGAGUGGGCAACAGAGCUCCACGACUAAGAAGAAGACUCAAAAUGAGUCAGAAAAGAAAAGUAAGAGGAAGUGAUAGACUGGCUGGACAGUCAUCAAUGUAAAAUAGUCUGCCGCCACGUGUACGUGCCGAAACCGGCACGCUGCUCACGAUGCGAGGCUACCGGCCUUUGUUUCCGAAAAUGCUCCAUUUCAGCAGUCAAAAAGUCAA